AUGGAAGUGUCCUGUCUCACAUAUGAGUUAUCUGAACUCUGUCUCGGUAAGCCGCCGCUGAAGUCGAUUUCGACAUCGGCUACUGUCGCCGAGGCCAUUGAACUACUCAGAAGCUCAGGCGAGAGUUUCGUCAGUGUUUGGGACCGUGAUUACUCCGAAUGUGUGGGGAAGGUGUGUAUGGUUGAUGUGAUUUGUUACCUUUGCAGAGAGGAAAGUCUUGUCUGUCCUGAUUCUGCUCUUAAUGCUUCAAUUUCUAACCUUUUGAAUAAGGUUGAUGGUCUUGUUGUGCAUCUAGAAUCUUCUUCUAGCUUAUCGGAAGCAAUUGAUCUGAUACUUGAGGGAGCACAAAACCUUGUGGUGCCAAUUGUGCAAACAAGAAGAGGUGGCAUUUCAAGGAGAAAACAGCAUCAGAAGUUAUCAACAAUCAGCGGCCACAACGGGGUUGAGUUCUGUUGGUUAACACAGGAGGAUGUAAUCAGGUUCUUGCUUGGUUCCAUUGGCCUCUUUGCUCCACUCUCUGCACAAUCCAUUUCUGAUCUUGAUAUCAUCAGCUCUGAUGUGGUUGCUAUUGAUUACUAUUCCCCCGCGUCUUCCGUUGUUGAAGCCAUCGCGAAGUCCCUUGCACAACAAACUUCUGUUGCUGUUGUCGAUGGUGAUGGGACAUUCAUUGGGGAGAUAUCGCCCUUCACGCUUGCUUGCUGUGAUGAGUCGGUUGCGGCUGCUGUCACAACUUUGUCUGCAGGGGACUUGAUGUCCUACAUUGACUAUGGUGGCCCGCCCGAGGGUCUGGUUAGCGUUGUGAAGGCAAGGUUGAAGGAGAAGAAUCUGGAGAAAUUGCUGCAGAAGUUUACAAUUUUGACUUCUCUGACCGGUGAUGUGUCGGCCUCCUCCUCGUCUGAUGAGGAGAGUCCGACAAGGAGUUUGAAUAGGUCAGGAAAGUAUGGAAGGUCGUCGAGUUACUCGGCGAGAUUUGUGAGAAAGGCUGAGGCUAUAGUGUGUCAUCCAAAAAGCUCUUUGAUUGCUGUGAUGAUUCAAGCAAUUGCUCAUAGAGUAAACUACUUGUGGGUUAUUGAUGAUGAUUGCAGCUUAAUUGGCAUUGUUACUUUCUCUAAUAUCUUGAAGGUGUUCAGAGAACAUACAGAAAUUAUGUGA